UCCUGUGCGCUGCGCUGCGCUGCGGUCGCUUUUAAACUCGCGACGCCGUGGCCGCUCGCCUCUUUUGGAGCAGGCCAUGUGAAACCUGUGACCUCCCGAUACCUUCCCUUCCGCUCGCCGCCUCCUCCCGUGCUGCAGAGCAGGGCGCCAGGGCCCCAGCUCACCGCCGCGUCGUCGCCUCACCCGGGGGGGGGGGGGUGCGAGAUCCACCCGCUAUGUCGUCACGGCCGUCGUCGUCGUCGUCAAGGCGGAGCAGCUCGCCGUUCUCCGCGGGGCUCCGGCGCCCGCCCACCGCGUCGUCGUCGUCCUCCAGCUCGUACUUCUCCGGUGGCCGCCUCAUCCCGCGCUCGUCCCCGUCCUCCGUUAGCUCCCAAUUCUACGGCGGCGGGGGCGGGGGGAGCUCGAGGUCCACCACCCCCGGCCGCCGCGGCUCAUCCGUAGCGCCUGCUCCGGCUCCGGUGCCCGCGCCAGUGCCGUUCCCCAGCGCUGACGAGCUCGUCAUCGAGGACACCUCCCGAUCCGGCGACAGCAUCUCCGUCACCAUCCGUUUCCGGCCGCUCAGUGAGCGGGAGUUCCAGCGCGGCGACGAGAUCUCGUGGUAUCCGGAUGGGGAUCGGCUUGUGAGGUGCGAGUACAACCCGGCGACGGCCUAUGCUUAUGAUAGAGUUUUUGGGCCUUCGACCGCAACCGAGGCUGUCUAUGAUGUUGCAGCCCGUCCUGUAGUGAAAGGUGCUAUGGAGGGAAUAAAUGGUACAGUUUUCGCGUAUGGUGUCACAAGUAGUGGGAAGACCCACACAAUGCAUGGUGACCAAAAUUGUCCUGGAAUAAUUCCACUAGCCAUCAAGGAUGUCUUCAGCAUGAUCCAAGAUACUCCUGGAAGGGAAUUUUUGCUCCGUGUGUCGUAUCUCGAAAUCUAUAACGAGGUGAUAAAUGAUCUACUUGAUCCUACUGGCCAAAAUCUGCGUGUGAGGGAGGAUGCACAGGGAACAUAUGUAGAAGGAAUAAAAGAAGAAGUUGUUUUGUCUCCAGGACAUGUUCUUUCUUUUAUUGCAGCAGGCGAAGAACAUCGGCAUGUUGGUUCUAACAACUUCAACUUAUUUAGCAGCCGAAGUCAUACUAUUUUCACUUUGAUGAUCGAAAGCAGUGCCCACGGUGAUGAGUAUGAUGGGGCCAUGUACUCGCAGCUUAAUUUGAUUGAUCUAGCUGGCUCUGAGAGCUCUAAGACAGAGACUACAGGGUUAAGAAGAAGAGAAGGGUCAUAUAUCAACAAGAGUCUUUUAACUCUUGGAACAGUUAUCGGCAAGCUCAGUGAAGGGAGAGCAACACAUAUACCCUAUCGUGAUUCUAAGUUGACUCGUCUGCUGCAGUCAUCAUUGAGUGGCCAUGGCCAUGUCUCACUAAUUUGCACAAUUACACCGGCAUCAAGUAACAUGGAAGAAACACAUAAUACACUGAAAUUUGCCAGCAGAGCAAAACGUGUUGAAAUUUACGCCUCUCGUAACAGGAUAAUUGAUGAGAAGUCUUUGAUCAAGAAGUAUCAGAGAGAAAUAUCCUCUCUAAAGCAAGAACUUGACCAGCUAAGGAGGGGAAUGAUUGGUGGUGCUAGUCAGGAUGAAAUUACAAUUUUACGUCAGCAGUUGGAGGAGGGCCAGGUAAAGAUGCAGUCUCGUCUGGAGGAGGAAGAGGAAGCAAAAGCUGCUCUAAUGAGCAGGAUACAACGCUUGACCAAGUUAAUACUUGUUUCCACAAAGAACAAUAUUCCUGCCUUGACAGAUAGUCAUCAACGACAGAAUUCAGUCAGUGAGGAAGAUAAGUUAAGCACUUCGCAAGAUAGUUCUACAUUUGUCCAAAACGAAGGCACCGCGAAUGACUCUCAGUCAUCUGCUUUGUCAGACCCAUUGGAUGAGAUCAAUCAAUUAAGAUCUGCCAAUGGGGAGCAUUCUUUAGUUACUGGUUCAGCACCAGAUUCAAUGCAGGUGGGGUUCACGGCAUCAGAUCAAAUGGAUCUACUAAUUGAGCAAAUUAAGAUGCUUGCAGGGGAGGUUGCAUUUGGUACCAGUUCGCUGAAAAGACUAAUCGAACAGUCUAUAGAUGACCCUGAAGGGACAAAGGACCAAAUAGAGAAUUUAGAGAAAGAAAUCCAGCAAAAGAGAAGGCAUAUGCGAGCCCUGGAACAACAAAUCAUGGAAAGUGGUGAGGCAUCAGUUACUAAUGCUUCCAUGGUGGAUUUGCAGCAGACUAUUACAAAACUGACAGCUCAAUGCAGUGAGAAGGCUUUUGAGUUAGAGUUAAAAUCAGCCGAUAAUCGUGUCCUUCAGGAGCAGCUACAACAGAAGACUGCGGAAAUCAACAAUUUACAAGAAAAAGUUCUUCGCCUAGAGCAACAACUCUCAGUAAAAGUUGACAUAUCCCCUGAGCAAUGCACACAUCAGGAGAUUAUUGAUUUGAAAUCUAAACUUCAGUCCAAGGAAGCUGAAAGUGAAAAGCUGAAACAUGAGCAUCUGAAAAUUGUUGAGGAACAUCGUGACUUGGUCAAUCAGAACCACAAACUAAGUGAGGAAGCAGCAUAUGCAAAAGAAUUGGCAUCUUCUGCUGCUGUUGAACUUAAGAAUUUGGCUGAAGAAGUUACAAAGCUAUCAGUACUAAAUGCAAAGCAGGCAAAGGAGUUAUUAAUUGCUCAGGAGAUGGCACAUCCAAGGGUUCAUGGUAGAAAGAGCCGCACAACCAGCAGGGGCAGGGACGAGGUUGGGACUUGGAGUCUCGAUUUAGAGGAUAUGAAGAUGGAGCUACAGGCCAGAAGACAGAGGGAGGCUGCUCUGGAAGCUGCUUUGGCAGAGAAGGAGCUUCUAGAAGAGGAGUACAAGAAAAAGUUCGAUGAGGCAAAGAAAAAGGAGCUAUCUUUAGAAAACGAUUUAGCAGGCAUGUGGGUUUUUGUUGCUAAGUUGAAGAGAGGAGCUUUAGGCAUAUCUGAUUUGAAUGUUGAUGAGCGAACAGUCAACCUAGCUGAUAUAACUAAUGGCACAAAGGAAAACAAAGAUGACAAGAAUUUUGCUUUAGUUGAGAAACAAGUUUGUGAUGAUACUGUGAAGUCAUUGACUGCAGAAGAACAUAAAAGUCCAGAGUUUGAACCACUUCUUGUUCGUCUGAAGGCUAAAAUUCAAGAGAUGAAGGAAAAGGAUACUGAUUCCUUGGGUGAUAAAGAUGGGAAUUCACAUGUCUGCAAAGUAUGUUUCGAAUCUGCAACUGCGGCAGUAUUGCUUCCUUGCCGGCACUUUUGCUUGUGCAAGCCUUGCUCGCUUGCCUGUUCAGAGUGCCCUCUGUGCCGCACAAGAAUUUCAGACAGGAUUAUCACCUUCACAUGAAUUACAUGCUAGCUGAAGGUGGAUUCUCUUGUAAAAUCGUCAGCGGUAUAUGUUUCUUUUUCCCUUUGUAGCAAAGAAGGUGCCUUUUUUUUGUUCCUUCUGUGUUGUACUGCCAUUCUUUUGAUUUCCUAUAGCUUCACCCCUGUUUUUUUUUUGUUGUAUCGAGAAGUUAGAAGUGAUGAUUUCUCGCACUGCAAAUAUGUAUAGAUGUGCGACUCAACAUUGUAAUACAUUUUGAUUUCGUUUUCAGAAGUAAAGCAGUGUACAAUCUGA